AUGUAUUUGGCAGCCCAGACAGAGAACAUGGAAGUUCUUGAACGUAUCUUGCAAAUUCCAUUCAGCUCAGUCAAUGACAUUUCAAAUGGAGACUCUCCACUUCAUGCCGCCAUAUCAAUACGAAAACCUGAUCUAUUGCAAAAGAUAGUGAAUCUGAAAGAAGAACUAACGUAUCAGAGAGAUAAGAAGGUAAACACCCCCCUUCAUCAAGAAGCACAUGCUGGUUAUGUGGAAGGAGUUUUUAUAAUGUUAGACAAGUCAAAGAUGAUUGCUUUUCAACGAAACUCAGAGGGCAAUCUUCCAAUUCAUCUUGCCUGCAAAAUGGGUCAUGUUAAGGUGGUCAUAAAAUUUCUCAAACUAGAAUGGUUUGAGAUUGGACUUUGGCUCAACAAUAAAGGUCGUAACAUUCUUUCACAUGGCGGCGAUGUGUGGACAGAACAAGACGGUAAAAUACUUAUUGGGAACCCAAAGAUCCGUCCUGAAACUGCAAGGUGA